AUGAUCGCCACUGGAGGCCUCCUGAGGAUCUCAGCCAGGAAACAGGACCCCUCGCGACCCCAAAGCCAAGUCCCCAAACGCAAACGCAAGGCCAAAAAGAAGCGGAAGAACGACGUGGUAGUGGUGAAAGGCAAGCUCAAGCUGUGCUCCCUCUCGGGGCUCAUCGCGCUCUGUGGCAUCCUGGUACUUCUGGUGGGCAUCGCCUUGGCCGUGGUGGGCUACUGGCCGAAGCCCAGCCAGGUGUACAGAGAAGGCGGCUUCAGCCGGGGCCGGCAUGUGGCACCACAGGGCAGCACCCUGAAGAACCGCUCCCGGAGCCAGGAAGGGGCACAAGCAGGGAUCCGUCCAGAGUCACCACCCAGAGCCAACACCUCCACCACUGCUACUGCCCGGGAGUCACAGCCCCCCCCCGCUUCCUCGUCCCCCCAGGCCUCAGUGGUUUUCCUUUUCCGCCUUUUCUCGAGCUACUUGCAUUCAGACAAGUUGAAGGUGCUGGGCCCACUCAUCAUGGGUAUCGGCAUCUUCCUCUUCAUCUGCGCCAAUGCGGUAUUGCAUGAGAACCGCGACAAGAAGACCAAGAUCAUCAACCUGCGUGACCUCUACUCCACCGUCAUCGACGCCCACAGCCUGCGGGCCAAGGACGGAGGCACCCCGGCCUCAGCCCCUCUCAACGGCUUUGUCAACUACGUGCAGUCCCGGGGCCUGGAGCUAAAGCCUGGCGGUGAAGGCCUGGGUGCUGCGGCCAUGCUGGCCAAGAGCUCCUGGCCACCAGGACUAGCUGUCUCCCUUUCCCCACCGGACUUGGCAUCCUCGCCGCUGGUGCUCAGGCAGCAGAGCACCAGCUGCUUGCCUGAUGCCAGGCGUCUCUUUUUCCCUGAGCCACCUCGGUCCCCAGCUGCCAGCGAGGGCCCAGACUCCAGCCCAUUGGUAAAGGCAUCUUCUAGCUACUCCAAAUCUCUGGAUCUGGGGGGAUCAUCCCCGUCAACCCCUCCUGCCAUCACCAGGACGGACUCCCAGAGCUCCCAGUCUGAGCCUUCCAGCAGCAAUAAGGGCUACAGCCACCUGGAGGAGGCAGGCACCUCCUUGGAGUCAGUUGCCAACACCCCGGCCAGUAAAAUCCAGGACUGUGAGGAGGAACCAGCUGAGAAGACGGACCCCCUCAAGGCUACCAGCAAAGAACAAACAGGGGAGCAAUCCCAGAAAACUCAAAGACAGUACACGAAUAAGGAGAAACUCUUUAUGAUUUCUAGAUCGCACAGUGCAUUAGGGCUGGAGGAUGGGGAACUGGAGAGUACUGGCAUCUAAAGAAAACGGAGAAGGCACGAGAAUGCCUUGCAGUCCUCCACACCUUCCCCCCCCUUCUCCAUCUCCUUGUGGACUUGGGAAACAGAUCAAUAUCCAAAGAGCUGCAGUAUGUUACCCUUGAAAAUUGAAUUCCAUAAAUCCUGUAGAUGACUUCAGGAAGAAAAAGAUAAUCCUUUCUGUCCGAUCGUGAUUGUGUGUUCCAUGCAAGCCAAAUUGUAUUAAAUAUCCACAGUCCAGCACGUUCUUUGGAUCAGAUUAGUACAAUUUCGGACAGUAUAACUGUGCACUUUACUGUUUUGAUUUCCAAGUGCCCCUUCUUCUCCUCUGAUUUCUUUCUUGCUGAUUUGCCACUAACUGCUUGAAAACCGCCGGCACCUUUUUAAGCUCAAGAGCAACGUGGUCUUCAGAUCAAGAAAGCCGAGCUCUCUCUUUGUUUUGGUUCAAUCACUAAAAAGUUUGCAAGGCCUUAAGGAUGACGUACCUUGACAAAGAAUGAGUUUGUUUAAAUUCUGGGGAAAAAAAUGACAAUUCAGAAGAGACUGGAGCAGAACAGAGCUCUGAUGAUUUAGUUAAAACCAUUACAUUCCUGAAUCCAAAAUACCUGCUACUACGUGAUACUUUAUUAAGUAUUAGUACACAUGUAUUGACUAAUAGCAUUAAAAGAUUUUUUUUUUUUUAAUAAAACAUUUA